UUGGGUUCUCAUUGCGACAUUAACACAAACACUUAAAUAACAAAACUCCCCACUUUCUUCUUCUUUCUUCGAAUCAAAAACAAAAUACAUAUUCAAGAAUGUCAUCAAUAUAUGUAUCUGAGCCACCCACAAAGGGAAAGGUUAUACUGAACACCAACUACGGUCCCAUCGACAUCGAAUUGUGGCCAAAAGAAGCCCCGAAAGCCGUCAGAAACUUCGUUCAGCUGUGUGUAGACGGCUACUACGAUGGCACCAUCUUUCAUCGCAUUAUUAAGUCAUUUAUGGUUCAAGGUGGUGAUCCUACUGGCACUGGCACAGGUGGUGAAAGUAUAUAUGGAGGGACAUUUGGUGAUGAGUUCCAUUCACGUUUAAGAUUCAAUCAUCGGGGUAUAGUUGCGUGUGCAAAUGCUAAUGCACCAAAUACAAACGGAAGUCAAUUCUUUAUAACUCUAGAUCGUUGUGAUUGGCUUGACAGAAAACAUACUAUUUUUGGCAAGGUCACAGGAGAUUCAUUAUAUAAUUUGUUAAAUUUGGGUGAGAUUGAAACGGAUAAGGAUGACCGACCAUUGGAAUCUCCUCCAAAAAUUCUUUCUAUCGAGAUUUUAUGGAACCCAUUUGAUGAUGUUGUUCCAAGAGUUGCACCUGCUAAAUCUUUGCCAUCAACUACCACGGAAGCUGGCAACAAAGAUACAAAAAAGAAGGCUACAAAAAAGUUGAACUUGCUAUCGUUUGGAGAAGAAGCACAAGAAGAGGAGAAACUUCUUGCCACUGUGAAGACUAAAAUAAAAAGUAGUCAUGAUGUGCUGAAUGAUCCUCGUCUCCUGAAAGAAGAAAACGCAAAAGAUAAAACAAAUCCAGAGGAAGAUAAAACAAGAAAAGAUUUGCAAAUGCGUGUUAGAGAAGCUUUAAACUCCAAGAAGGAAGAGUUACCCAAGGAAUCAGAUGCUGAUUCUGCUGGUGACAGUGAUGAUGACGAGGCAAACUUUGAUGCACGAAUGCGUCGACAGAUACUUAAAAAGAAGGAGCUGGGCGAUAUGCCAUCCAAGCAAAAAGUGCAUAAAGAGAGUUCAAUACCCAGGACUCGUGAAAAGUCGCCACCAAGGUCGAAAGCCGAAAGCCCUGAUCGACCCAAAGUGGAUAAGUUGGUUUUGAAGAAAAAAGGAAUUGGAUCAGAAGUGAGAGCCGAGCGAAUGGCUAAUGCAGAUGUAGACUUGCAGCUUUUAAAUGAACAUGAAAGAGAAAGACAGUUACAGAAGCAAAGGAAACGCAGACGUCAAGGAAAGGAAGAAGAUGUGCUAGCCAGACUAGAAAAGUUCAAGGCAUCCAUGUUCACCUGCCCUGCAUCAUCCAAUGGUGAAGGCUUAUCCGACUGGACUACUGCCAAGUUGAAGUUCGCACCUGACAAGGAUAGCAUGUCACGUAGGAAUGACCCAAAUGACUAUGUGGUGGUCGACCCUCUUUUGGAGAAAGGGAAAGAAAAGUUCAAUAAGAUGCAAGCUAAGCAGAAGAAACGAGAACGAGAAUGGGCCGGAAAAUCUCUUACCUGAUCCCAUCUUACUCAUCAACCUGUUGUCUUCUGAUCAGUUCUAAUUUUGGCAGUUCAACCUGGCUUUGUGAUAGUAGAAUUAUAGUGAAAGUUUUGUCAGGCCAAGGAAUGUUGCUUCUUACGGGUCAAUAGUUGUAUUUGUAUAUCCUUCCUUUAGAGAUCUAGUACCCUUUUUAGGGUUUGGAGUCCCUUGUUUGUGGCCCUGAUACUAAGGUGGGCAAAAAUCAUUCCAGAUUAUCAAUAUCUAAGAACUAAUACAGCAUAGACUGGACACAACUUUACUAGAUAUACAUGGUCUGGUGCUUUGUUUUA